AUGCAUGGAAAUAUCAGCAUAGGAAGUAGUAGGAACAAUUUUAAUAGACGAGUAACACGAAUGUUUCGUAAUCGUUUUGUAGAUUUAUGUUUAUCACUUUGUGUAGCAGUGAUUAUUUUUAUAAUUUAUAAGAAAUGCUUUAAAUCACAGCAUUAUGAAGCUGGCAUGGUACGCGAAGAAAAAUUUACUAUUGGAACUGACAAUCAGAAGUAUGUUUAUCAUCGAGCUAUGCCUUUAAUAUUCAUUGGCGGUGUGCCACGUUCUGGGACAACUUUAAUGCGUGCCAUGCUUGAUGCUCAUCCUGAAGUUCGAUGUGGACAAGAAACUCGUGUUAUUCCACGAAUGCUGUCAUAUUAUAAUAAUUGGCUGAAUAGUGAGAAAGAGUCAAUGAGGUUGAAUGAAGCUGGAAUAGACAAAAAUAUUCUUGCCAAUGCUGUUGCUCAGUUCUGCUUAGAAAUCAUUGCAACUCAUGGCGAACCAGCCAACAGAUUAUGCAAUAAAGAUCCACUUACUCUUAAAUUUGGCGUUACAUUGUCGGAAUUAUUUCCAAACAUUAAAUUUCUCUUCAUGGUUCGUGACGGACGUGGGACGGUUCACUCAAUAAUUUCACGUAAAGUCACAGUAACAGGAUUUGAUUUAGAUAAUUAUCGUGCUAGCAUGUCAAAAUGGAAUCGUAUGAUAAAAACAAUGUUCGUACAAUGUGAGUUGCUUGGUGAUGAUAAAUGCAUGAUUGUACAUUACGAGAAGCUUGUGCUUCAACCGAAGGAAACGAUGAACAGCAUUUUGGAUUUUCUCAAUUUGCCAUGGAAUGAGAAUGUCUUACAUCAUGAAGACUUUAUUAAUAAGUCACAUGGGAUUGCUUUAUCAAAAGUGGAAAGGUCGUCAGAUCAAGUGAUUAAAGCCAUAAAUUUGGAUGCUCUUUCGAAAUGGGUUGGAAAGAUUCCACAGGAUGUCGUUGAUGAGAUGGCAAAACUUGCUCCAAUGCUACAGAUUAUGGGUUACGAUCCGUAUGCAAAUCCACCGAAUUAUGAAGCUGCUAAAAUGAAAAUUGACGGUGAUUUAAUACAAAAUUAUCCUGGAAAGAAUAGACAGAACCGACAGAGAAGGCAAAAGGAUGAUGAUGACAUUGAGUAA